AUGUCUUAUAAUCAAAAUCCCUACGGUCAGCCCAACCCUUACAACGAGGGUCCUUCGGCGGAGGGCGGUUACGGCGGCAGCUAUGGCGACGGCAACUAUGGUGGAGGAUACGACAACAACGGCUACGGUCAACAGCCCGAGUCACACGAGAUGCAGACAUAUCCCCAUGAACAACGUCAACCUCACGGCCCUGAUGCCACAGCCACCGGCACUCCUCUAUCCCAGCAAGAAUUCCUGAACAGCGUCCGCGACGUCGAAGGCCAUAUUCAACAGUUCCGCUCGAACCUCGACCAGAUCCGUACACUCCACCAACAGUCCCUCUCUGACACCAGCGGCCGCCCACCCCCGGGCCUCGAGCAGCUGCAGGCCGUGACCGAGCAGCUCAAGUCGCAGAUCAAGAGCGAAGUCGACAACCUCGUAUCCGAUGCCACCCGCACCGGCGACAGCACCUUCAACACCAAGAAGCGCCAGGCUGAGCGCCUCAGGGAUUUGUACAAGGAUGCCAUUCAGGCCUAUCUUGUGGAGGAGCGUCGUCACAAGGGUCAAAUCGGCGAGCAGGCCGUCCGUCAACUGUUGAUUGUCAAUCCCGAUGCGACGCCCCAGGAGCAGGAUGCCGUGCGCAGCGGUGACUUGCAGCAGGAUCAGAUCUUCCAAAGUGCUCUCCUACAAUCCAACCGCGUUGGCGCCGCCAAGGCCGUUCUCGGCAACGUCCAAGCCCGCCACCAGGAACUUCUCCGCGUCGAGCAAUCGAUGCAAGAGCUCGCCCAGCUCUUCGAGUACCUCAACACGCUCAUCGUUCAGCAGGGCGAAGUAAUCGCCGACGUGGUCCAAAAGACGGAACAGGUCAAUGACAACAUGGACAAGGGCAUCCAGGAGGUUGACAAGGGCGUCAAGCACGCCCGCAAUCGCCGCAAGCUCAAGUGGUACUGCCUCCUGGUGUGCGUGCUCAUCAUCAUCGCCAUUGCGCUCGGUGUCGGUCUGGGUAAGUCCGGUGGUGGUUCGGAAGAUGAAGACGCAGAUGAGGCUGGCGGGUUGAAAGGGUCCAGGCCGCCGGCGCAGCAGCAGCAGCAAUCACAGCAGGCGCAGGCGCAGUUUAUUCCUCCGGUGCCGGUAAUUCCCCCAUUCGCUCCGGCGCCUGGUCCGCUUCCUACGGUUGUUCCAGUGGCUGCUGCUCCAGUGCCUACUUCAGCAGCAGGCGGAGUUGCUGGUCAGGAUGGGGCUCAGGCUCCUCAGACUCAGCCCCAAGGACUGAGUUGGAACGCGACAAUGGCUAGAGAGAAGAGAUUCUACGGUGGGGGUUGGUAA